UCGGUGUUAUCCGCUGUCCAAUUUGUGUUCAGGAAUGUGCAGAGACACACAUCAUAGAUAACUUUUUUGUGAAGGAUACCACAGAGGUUCCCAGUAGCACAGUAGAGAAAUCAAAUCAGGUCUGCACAAGCUGUGAAGACAAUGCAGAAGCUCAUGGGUUUUGUGUGGAAUGUGUAGAGUGGUUGUGCAAGACCUGCAUCAGAGCUCACCAGAGGGUCAAAUUCACAAAGGAUCAUACUGUGAGGCAGAAGGAGGAAGUAUCUCCAGAGGCAGUUGGUGUGACCAGUCAGCGACCUGUGUUUUGCCCUUACCACAAGAAGGAGCAGUUGAAGUUGUACUGUGAAACCUGUGACAAGUUGACCUGCCGUGAUUGUCAGUUACUGGAACACAAGGAGCACAGGUACCAGUUUAUAGAAGAAGCUUUUCAGAACCAGAAGGUGAUCAUUGAGACACUAAUCACCAAACUGAUGGAGAAGACUAAGUACAUAAAAUAUACAGGGAAACAGAUCCAAAACAGAAUCCUGGAAGUCAAUCAGAAUCAAAAGCAGGUGGAACAGGAUAUUAAAGUUGCCAUAUUUACACUGAUGGUAGAAAUAAAUAAAAAGGGAAAAGCUCUGCUGCAUCAGUUGGAGACUCUGGCAAAAGAGCAUCGAAUGAAACUUCUGCAGCAGCAGCAGAAAGUGGCAGGUCUCUCUCAUCAGCUGGAACAUGUCGUGAAUUUUUCCAAGUGGGCAGUUUCCAGUGGGAGCAACACAGCACUGCUGUACAGCAAACGCUUGAUUACAUAUCGACUACGGUAUCUCCUCCGAGCCAGGUGUGAUGCUUCUCCAGCCACUAACAAUACCAUCCAGUUUCACUGUGAUCCUAGCUUCUGGGCACAAAAUAUUUUCAAUCUAGGUUCUUUGGUAGUUGAAGAUAAAGAAACCCCCCCUCAUAUGCCCAAGAGCCCUGUGACAGACCCAAACUUACAGCCACCAGGCAGCUCACCUUCCAACCAGCUGUCGAAAUUUCCAACGCAGAUCAGCUUAGCUCAGCUCCGACUCCAGCACAUGCAGCAGCAGGUCAUGGCUCAGAGACAGCAAGCUCAACGCAGACCAGUGGUUUUGCCAAAUCCAAGGCUGCCAGCAGCCAUGCAGCAGCCUCCUGCUUCUCAUCAGGCACCUCCACGCUUGAUUCAUUUACAGAAUCACAACCCCAAGCCCAAUGGUUCAGCUCCUCCUGCACAACAGAUGAGAUUUCCCGACAAUCAGAACCUACCAAGACAAGCAGUAAAAUCCAACCCAUUGCAAAUGGCAUUCUUGGCUCAGCAAGCUAUAAAACAGUGGCAAAUCAGUAGUGGACAAAGUUCAACUGCUCCUUCCACUGCAAGCAGCACAGCGUCAACUCCGUCCAGCCCCACGAUCACCAGCGUCGCAGGGUGUGAUGGGAAGACGUGUGGCCCACCCACGAUAGAUUUGAGUUCCCCAGUGGGGAGCUCCUUUAAUCUACCUGCUCUCCCUGAUAUUGAUUGUUCAGGAAACAUCACACUGGAUAACGCUGUGAGGAAGGAUGGCACUGCAGAGCAGAAUCAGCCUAAACCCCCUUUGAACAGGACUGUGCAGUCACCAAACUCCUCAGUGCCAUCACCAGGCCUCUCAGGAGGAGUCAGUGUGACAAAUGUACACCCUCCAGCUCGUUCACCCAGUGCCUCCAGUGUUGGGAGCAGAGAGAGUUCUGGCUCCUCCAGCAGGCCUCCGGGAGCUGAUUCUACACACAGAGUCCCAGUUGUUAUGUUGGAGCCGAUAAGAAUUAAGCAGGAGUCAAGUGCACCAAAUGAAAACUUUGACUUCCCAAUUGUUGUAGUGAAGCAAGAAACGGAGGAGGAGCCCCGACCACCGAAUUCUUCCUUCUCAAGGAGCAUCCUCACUUCUUUGCUAUUAGAUGGCAACCACAGCUCCACUUCCAGUGAAGCUGUCUUGAGGACGGAUGCACCGGAUAGCACAGAUGACCAGCCAGGGGCACUGCAGGAGAACACAUCCAGUGGGAAGACAGGAUGGAUAGGACCCUCUCAUGCUGGGGAGGGUAGGAAGGAGGAUGAUCCAAAUGAAGACUGGUGUGCAGUAUGUCAGAAUGGAGGGGAGCUCCUCUGCUGCGAGAAGUGUCCCAAAGUGUUCCAUCUUUCUUGUCAUGUCCCUACACUGAUGAGUUUUCCAAG